GACAGCUUGAGAAAAAAUGUUUCAAAAUUGACAAUGAAAUAUUACACAGUGAUUCAAUAAGCCGUAAUAAUGUUUUGCAAAUAAUAGCUAUCCGUGAUUUAAUACAAUAAUGAAAUAGGAAGGAUUACGUUAUGAGUGGGACGGGAAAAAAAGAAGACGAGGAAGAUUGCUCUUGCUAUGCGGAGUCACACAGUAAAAAGACCUGCCCUCCGGUACACAAUGUCACACAUCCACUGCGUUACUAUGAGUUUACACAAGAAGAAAUAAAAGCUUUAGAGGAAUGCGACAAGGAGAGUUUCUACCAUCGGUGCCUGCCUUUCAGUACAUUGUUCGCAACGCUUACAUACGCUGCGAUUCGCAAUGGUCAUUUGAGGCCGAACCCAAGGUUUGGAGCUUUCCCGAAGGUGACUCUGGCAGUGGUUAUGGGUUACUUCAUCGGCAAGCUGUCGUAUCAGCAGGCAUGCGCUGAGAAACUGAUGGCCUUGCCGGGCAGCUACAUUGGACAGAUACUACGGGACAGGCGUGACGGAAGAACAGGAAUAGCACCGCCACCUUCAAAUCAGUCAACGUCGAUGCUCGGUGCCUCCCCGAGUGACAUCUACUCUGAUGCUGGCCCGGGCAACUCCCUCGACCUGGACAUUGACCGUCCCCUGUUCAGUGACGACACGUAUCGUCCUUAUACUGAAGCUCCAGCGAACCCUCCGGACACUGUGCCACCUCGUCCGUCCCUCUCAUAUGACGACUUGCGACGUAAAAAUCGCGGCGAGUUCACCGACGCCAGACAAGAUCCUUAUAAGGUGAAUCCGAAUUUAGCCCCACCGGUGACGAGACCCAGACCGCCGCCCCCCGCACCGCCCGCGUCUUCCCCAACCAACAAAUACGGCGACCAAAUGGAAUAAUCACGACACUAAAGGUGUCAUAUUUGAGUCAGAGAAAGGAAGGGGUCUUAGUGAACAACCGGGAUUAUGGAUUUUUAUUUGGCAAUUAUUUUAUACUACGACUUCUAUACAUCAAAGAAGUUAAAUAUACAUCUGCCGUAGUCAGAGUUUAUAAAUAGUUUCUUAAAUCGACACUAAGGGACAUCCUUGCUGAUAUCUUAACUUCUGAGUGCAGCGGCAUGGUAAAAGCUUGUACUUCGCUGUACCUAUUUUUCUAUUUCUUAACUAUCGAUUCUUAGGAAAGUGUAGAAAUGAAAUCCAUUGUAUAAAUAUAAAAUUAAAUAGACAGGAUUGGUACUCAGUAAAUGUGCUAAGAAUGUA